GGCAACCAGACACAGAUGACAAGUUGGGGCUUGUCUGCUGCUGAGAGAGGCCGAUGGUCUGAACUUCCUCAGUCUGCAGAGCAGCGGUUCACUCCUCUGAGCCAUGCCGCGCCGCUCCGCUGCCACCAGCCGGACGUGAGAGACAUACAGGGGGAUUCUUAGAUCAGCAGACCCUCCAUCUGGCACCUGAACGCACCAAAAACGCUCCCCAGGAGUCACCGACACUGGUGCUCGUUCCUCCUCCGACUCUCAUCUCGUGUGAGUGUGGAGAUCACUAUGGCAACCAAGCCUCAGGGAGACCAGGGAAGGCCGAGGUUUGGCCCCAGCGACCGCCUGAUCGCCAUGUUCAGGGCCUGCACCAGAGAUCCAACCGAGGCCAUUAAAGCCAGACUGAGAAGUAUGCUGCACACAUUUCUGCAACACUACAGGGGCAACGCAGGAAGUGAGACCAACGAGCUGGCUGCAAAGUGCUGCUGUGAGGCCGAGAUCUGGUAUUACAGGAUCCUGGAGAACCGUGCCAGCGCAGAGAGGAGCCUGCUGGGCAUCAGUGACAUCUCAGGCAUCUUGGAGAAUGAAGUUUUCCAGUGCUGCCUGGUGGCCUGUUGUCUUGAGAUCACCAUAUUCUCAAACCGUCUACCGUGCGACUUCCCCCUGCUCCUUCAGAUCCUCAAAUUGGCACCAUAUCACUUCUGGAGGGUGAUCGAGCUGGUGUUGCGGGCCGAUGUGGGACUGCCUCACGCUGUGGUCAGACACCUCGCCCAAGUGGAAGAGAAAGUUCUGGAGAGCUUGGCCUGGAGCAGCAACUCGCCGCUGUGGGAAGAAAUCCAAGCCAAUGAGGGCCAUCUGCCCACCUGCCAGCAGGUGAUGCGUCCUGCUCAGCUUGAAGAUCCGAAGAAAGCAGACAUGCAGCCUGAUGGAAACCUCCCAGGAGUGGGAGCUGAACCGUCUGGCAGCGCUGACCAACGGCAUUCCCCGUCUGAAAACCGCUCUCAGAGAAGCAACUCCCUCCGCCUGUUUGCUCGCAAGGUUUACAGCUUGAUGGGGAAGCGUCUGAGGGAGCUGUGCUCCACACUGCGCAUAUCUGAUGAGCUGAGGUUGAAGAUCUGGACCCUCUUCGAGCACUCUCUGGUCCACUGCACUGACCUCAUGGUGGACCGUCACCUGGACCAACUGCUCCUGUGUGCCAUCUACAUCACGGCUAAGAUUACCAAUGUGGAGAUACCCUUCAAACACAUAAUGAAGUGCUACAAGUCUCAGCCGUUUGCCUGCCGAAACGUCUGUAAAAAUGUGCUGAUUUCUGGAGGAGACACAGAAUAUUCUCUCACUGGAAGCAACAUAAUGCACGUGGCAGGUACGACAGGUAACCACAGCGACGGUAUCCUGACCCCCAACACACCAUCGACACAUUACCGGGGACCCUGUGAGGAGGAGAGGGGCAAUCUUAUCUACUUUUACAACCAGGUCUACACCCCAAAGAUGCAGCACUUUGCCAAGCAGUUUGCACCAACCUCAGGAGGAGACACGCCUCCUUUGUCUCCGUACCCCCGGCAGUGGAGAGCAUCUCCGCGCAGACGCAAGCUGUCCAGCAGCCACUCCAUCUACAUUUCACCGUACAGCACAGAAAUCACGCCCCCCCGCACACCUGGACUCUGCUACUACUUCAACUCGAGCCCCUCAGAGCGUCUGCGUGAGAUCAAUAACAUGAUCCGGACGGGCAGGUCAGUCAGCAGACGAUGCUGUGUGGUGGCCCUGGAUGGAGAAGAGGACGGGGAGGGAGAAGGGCGUCCUUCGGCGAAGAGGCCUCAUUUGGAUGAUCAGUCAGCCUGGCAGAAGCGACUAAGGAACGUGGUGAAUGAUCGCGUGACGAGAGGGGACCAGGACCAGGCGUCUCCGGUUACAAAGCCCAACCUGCACUAGAGCGGAGAGGAGCAUGCGGUCUCCCUCCGCUCCUGUUUAGAAACAAUGUCACGUUGUUAGAGGGGGAAGCACAGGGCAGCUUUGUCUUCCUUUGCAGCCGCCAUGUGAGAAUUCCUCUGGGCUCAGCUCAUGUUGUCUGCAGUCCAAGCUAAAAUGACGCCUUUUUUGCUGUUUUGUUCUGACGCCCACUGUCCUUGAAUCAAGCACUUGGCCCUCAGCUGAGCGGCCAGCGGUAGGAGACUGUCGUCAUCCCGGGCAGCUCCCUGGUGGAAGUGCACAAGUCAGAUGACGCUGAUGUAGGGCGCGACUGCAAAGUUCUGCGACUUUGCUCGGAUGAAGAAAUGUAAGACUGAGACGAUGUUGCAAGUGAAGGGCAGUUAAAACAGCGGGACAAACUUUCCUGCGCCUCACAGCCCCCACAGGGGUGAGUAAAUGUCAAGCUUCUCCAGGGUCUGCGGCCCUCAUGAAUACUUGAUUGUAAUUGACUACAUUCUGAUUAAGUGAGGGAUGCAAAGUGUUCAGUGCAAGCCACUCUAAAGCAAUUUUUAAUGUGUUUUCCCUCUUUUUAUCCCGUAAUGAUGCUUUCUCAGCUUACCUCUUUGAAUUGUUAAAUAUAUUCAAGAUGAAACAUGAUUCUUCUUACCGGGAAUGAAGGCAAAGGGCAAAAGUUACAGCAGCAAGAAACUUUAUUCAAUGGUACUUGAAGCUUGUAGACGGAUUAGAGAGAGUAAAAAACUGAAUAAUAAUAUGUUCAUGUCCUGUCACCAGCUGCAGCCAUUACUGAUUGUAACCUUUAUAUCAAGGCUGAGCAGUUUUAUUAAAGUGUUUCGCUUA